ACUUCCCUCUGUGGCUCUGCUCUGAACUGGCGGUUUUUCCCAGUUCCUUGCCCAGACCAAUCCUUCCAUGCUGUCUUCAAGCCCUGCUUCCUGCACAUCUCCCAGCCCAGACGGGGAGAACCCAUGUAAGAAGGUCCACUGGGCUUCUGGGAGGAGAAGGACAUCAUCCACAGACUCAGAGUCCAAGUCCCACCCGGACUCCUCCAAGAUACCCAGGUCCCGGAGACCCAGCCGCCUGACAGUGAAGUAUGACCGGGGCCAGCUCCAGCGCUGGCUGGAGAUGGAGCAAUGGGUGGAUGCUCAAGUUCAGGAGCUCUUCCAGGAUCAAGCAACCCCUUCUGAGCCUGAGAUUGACCUGGAAGCUCUCAUGGAUCUAUCUACAGAGGAGCAGAAGACUCAGCUGGAGGCCAUUCUCGGGAACUGCCCCCGCCCCACAGAGGCUUUUAUCUCUGAGCUGCUCAGUCAACUCAAGAAACUCCGGAGACUCAGCCGGCCUCAGAAAUAAGCCUGAGAGACCAUCUUUAGCAGCCUCAGCACUGCCAGGCCUGCCCUGAAACUCUAGAUCCUGGCUAAGAGGGAAAUAGCUCCUUGGGACACAAACAAGAAAUGUGGACAAGGAGGGACAUUUGCAUACUCCUACUGUCUGUGUGGUCACAGUUUCUGUCAGCUGGGCUCUCUGGGAGAAAGCUGGCUGUUGUCCAAUGCCUUCCUUGGCAGCCAAGUGGAUAAAACCUUUAGGAGCCCCAGCUCAAUGGAGUGUGGAACAUAUCUGUGCUGAGGGACAGGGGAGGGAGAGAAUGAAGUGAUACACAGGAAGGCCACAACCUAAGUCACUUGGCUGUGCCCA